AACGCGAUUAAUAAAUUUGGGAAGGGAAAUAGAGAAUCCAACCCCACAGCUCCCACUUCCUCAACUCUGCAACUCUUUACUCCAACAACUAGUGGUUUUGCGCAUACUCAGCUCUGCAAAUUCAUAAUUGCCACAUUUUUGAAUAAGGAAUAGGGAUCCAGAGACUGAUUUUUGGCGGUUGCCACUCUCCGUCUCGAUGGCGCCUUCAUUCGUUACCAUCGAUAACACCCCAGACUUCGAUUUCACGCCUCAACCACAGCCCACCAAGAAGGCAGUCGGCUCCACUACCCGCACGCUCCUCAUAGCGCCUCCUUCCAUUGCCAGCCAUGAGGAAAAGCUCCACGGCGUUCUCGCUGUCCACGACCGCUCCGUCACCGACCUCCAAAUGCUCGACCGCAUCUCCGCGGGCCUCGCUAGACUGCCCCUCGCAACAUACGACCUGAUCAUUAUCCUCACCGACGUCGACGGAACGCGCAGCGAGUCCGGAAAGUUGCUGAGCCGGGAUGUAUACAGCAGCCUUGUGCAAUCGCUUAAGGCGGGCGGAAAACUGCAGUCCCAGGACGGCACAUUCGGACAGUCCACGACCAGUGGCGAAUAUACUGAAGCUAUUCUUGCUGGGUUGGUGGCCAAUAGCGCUGGGGGGAUGAUGAAGCCGGAUUACAGCGCUAGCGAAGCAGUACCGCUACGCUUCGGACGGAACAAGAAGAAGGACGCUGUGUCGGAUGCAGGCCCUCCAGCGACGAUAGUAACACUGAAGCGGAAGAGUGUGGAAAUUACUCCUAGCCAAGCCAAACCAAAUGGUGUGGGGUUCGUGGACUUCAGCGACGAUUUUGGAGAGGAGAUCACAGGCGAGGAUGAGGACGACGAUGAUCUAAUUGACGAGGACACCCUGCUGACAGAGGAAGACCUGAACAGCAUGGUUGUUAUCCGUAUGUCUCCCACCCCUUUGCUUCCUACUGCAGAUUACUAACAUCUUAUAGCACCGGAGUGCGUCCCACGAGUCGGCAAGCGCCGUCGCGCAUGCAAGGACUGCUCAUGCGGCCUAGCAGAGAAGCUCUUAGCUGAAGACGCGGCGAGGCGCACUUCUGCCGACGAUAAGCUCAAGGCGCUCAAGCUCGAUUCCUCGGACCUGGCGGAGUUUGACUUCACCGUUCAAGGCACGGUUGGGUCGUGUGGAAGCUGCAGUCUUGGAGAUGCCUUCCGGUGUGACGGCUGCCCGUACAUUGGAAUGCCAGCCUUCAAGCCUGGAGACGAGGUCAGGUUGCUUAAUAAUGAUGUCCAGUUGUAAACGCUGGCGAUGCGAGGCGCUUGGAGUUUGAGGCUAUAUGCCCACGGUUGGUAUGGAAGCCUGGUUGGCUGGUUCCUGGGUAGAUGGGUGGCUGCUUUUUAUAGCUUGGUUUUACAUUGAAGUUAUAUGAUCGAGCAAGCACGUUGCAGCAAAUCGCUUAUCGAAGACUCCAUAGAAUUAAGAGCGUUAUUGACCAAUAUCUCUACCA